AUGAACGACGAAAAGAACAAGGCGGUUCAGGUAGAAACUGAGAAAUUGAUCAAGGCACAAUUUAUUCGUGAGGUACAGUACCCAACCUGGCUCGCCAACGUUGUGAUGGUCAAAAAGGCUAGUGGAAAGUGGAGAAUGUGCACGGAUUACACAAGCCUGAACAAAGUGUGUCCAAAAGAUUCCUAUCCUCUUCCCAAUGUUGAUAAGUUGGUAGAUGGGGCUUCUGGUAAUGAACUUUUAAGUCUCAUGGAUGCAUAUUCUGGCUAUAAUCAAAUCAGGAUGCACCCUUCGGACGAGGAAAGUACGACGUUCAUGACUAACCAGGUGAACUAUUGUUACAAGACAAUGCCUUUUGGAUUGAAGAACGCGGGAGCUACCUAUCAACGCCUCAUGGAUAAAAUCUUUUCAGAACAAGUUGGAAGAAAUAUGGAAGUGUAUGUUGAUGACAUGAUUGUCAAAUCGACUAAGUCGGAGGAUCAUGGCGGUGAUCUCAAGGAAGCCUUUGCCCAGCUGAGGAAAUAUCAAAUGAAGCUAAAUCCCGAGAAAUGCUCGUUUGGGAUUCAGGGGGGAAAAUUUUUGGGCUUCAUGAUAACAACAAGAGGGAUUGAAAUAAACCCAGAUAAAAGCAAGGCGAUCUUAGAAAUGAAAAGCCCAACAAAUGUAAAGGAGGUUCAGCGAUUGACAGGACGAAUGGUCGCCUUGUCACGUUUUCUGCCAAUGGCGGGUGAUAAAGCAGCCCCUUUCUUCACCUGUUUAAGAAAGAAUUCCAAGUUUCAGUGGACAGAGGAGUGCGAGCAAGCUUUUACCAAGUUGAAAGAAACAUUAGCAACACUGCCGGUACUCCAGAAGCCUGACUUGUCAGGGCGGUUGGUCAGCUGGUCGGUGGAAUUAUCAGAAUAUGAUAUACAAUACGAGCCAAGGGGUCAAGUUACGAUCCAAAGCUUGAUUGACUUUGUUGCAGAGUUAACACCUACGGAAGGCGAGAGGAACCAAGGCGAAUGGAUCCUGUCUGUUGAUGGAUCCUCAAACAACACCGGAAGUGGAGCUGGAAUAACCAUCGAAAGCCCAGAUAAGAUGGUCAUUGAGCAAUCUUUAAAGUUCGAAUUCAAGGCAAGUAACAACCAAUCAGAGUAUGAGGCCUUGAUCGCCGGAUUAAGGUUGGCCAUUGAGCUAGGUGUUCAAAAAUUAUUCAUCAAGGGCGACUCACAGUUGGUUGUCAAACAAGUAAAUGGCGAGUAUCAAGUCAAGGACCCGCAACUUUCGAAAUACCUGGGGGUGGUGCGCAGAUUAAUGAUGGAAAUUGGGAAGAUCAGAAUAGAGGACGUUCCAAGGGGACAAAAUGAGAGAGCUGAUGUAUUAGCAAAAUUGGCGAGCACUGGGAGAUUGGGUAAUUACCAAACGGUCAUUCAGGAAACCUUGCCUCGUCCGAGCAUCGAUUUGGUAGAAGUAAAGUUGAAAGCAGUCAAGUCAAUAAUUGAAGGCGAGCCUUCAUGGAUGGAGCCAAUCAAGGCUUUUCUACAGAACCCUCCACAGGAUGACAACCUGAACACAAGAGCAAAACGCAAAGAUGCUAGUUUUUACACGCUAGUGGAUGGGGAGUUGUAUCGGCGGGGAAUCAUGUUUCCUAUGCUCAAAUGCGUUGGCACCAAUGACGCCCAUGGAAUAAUGGCGGAAGUCCAUGAAGGUGUGUGUUCAAGCCAUAUCGGCGGGAAAUCCUUGGCGUGGCGAAAGCACAAAUGA